AUGCUGCGCACGUUGAAGCGGCGCGGGGCGACAGAUCGCCCGAAGCAGAAGGUCCCGCUGACAAUCGUCAGUAUCGCGGACGCGUACAACGCGGGGCGGAUCAGCAGGAAAGAACGGGCGGUGCUUUGCAUCGCGUUCUGGGGGGCUUUGCGCAAGUCCGAAGUUCUGCUCCUUGACACUUCGGGGCAGAACAUGAAGGGGAAAAAUGUGGCACAGAACCCUCAAAAAUUCACCAUUUAUGGCAAAAGUGGAUACAUACCGUAUAGCGUUGCGUGGACUUUUUAUCAAGUGGAUUAA